CCGGCAGGUGGCGCUGGGGAUCCUGCAUUGCUCUGCGCAGUUUCCCAUGUAGUCCUUCCGCCACCACAGAGAUCAGAGAGAGCAACCGUUGCCAGACCACAAUACAAACAAUGGGCAAGAAGCACAAAAAACACAAGUCCGACAAACACGGAUAUGAAGAGUACGGAGAGAGACCACUGAAGUUGGUGUUGAAAGUGUCUGGAAACGAAGUGACGACGGGAAGCUCGAGUCUGGACACUUUUUACGACGAACAGCCGGCGGACUAUGACAAACCCAAGGACAAGAAGAAGAAAAAGAAGAAGGAUAAAGAGAGAAGCUUUGGAUCCCCAGAGGAUGAUAGAGGAAAGAAAAAGAUGACAAAGAAGAAGAAAGGACAUGAUGCAGAUGUAGAUGAUGACCGAGAACAGAGCAGAACUCCUAUACGUUCAGAGCUGGAUAAAUUGGAAGAAAAGGAACAGACUCCUCUGCAGGAAGCUUUGAACCAGCUCAUCAGGCAGCUCCAAAGGAAAGAUCCCAGUGCAUUCUUCUCGUUUCCGGUGACAGACUUCAUUGCUCCAGCCUACUCUUCGAUUAUCAAACGGCCAAUGGACUUCAGUACAAUGAAGGACAAAGUAAAGAAAGAGUACUACCAGUCGCUGGAUGAACUCAAGGUGGAUUUCAGGAUCAUGUGUGAAAACGCCAUGAUUUACAACAAACCUGAGACGAUAUACCAUAAAGCAGCUCGAAAACUGUUACACUCUGGAAUGAAGAUCUUGAGCCAGGAAAGGCUGGAGAGCCUGAAGCAGAGCAUAGAGUUCAUGUCCGGCCUCGACCCUUCUGCCAAACAGCCAGGGAAGUCUGAGGAACAAGGGGGCACCAGCCUGGACCAGAAGAGAGAGGGACCCACAGACACCAGCGAGAGCUCCCAGACACCCAGCACACCCAGACAGGACAAGGACUCCAAGGAUGAAGCGGCAAAGGCAGAGAAAGAGCUUGAGGAAAUCCGCAAGGUCAUCGAGGAAUCUGGAGGAAAGCUGUCCAACAGAGUGCUGCAGUGUGAUUUGGAGUUUGCAAGGCGGAAGUCUGAUGGCUCCACCACUCUGGCGAUCCUCAACCCAGCAGAUCCAUCAGUGGGAGAUGUUGGUUACUGUCCUGUGAAACUGGGCAUGAUGUCCAAUCGGCUGCAGAGCGGUGUGAACACCCUGCAGGGCUUCAGGGAGGACAAGAGGAACCGGAUUACUCCAGUGUCCUACCUCAACUACGGGCCGUUCACCUCCUACGCACCCACCUACGACUCCAGCUUCGCCAACAUCAGCAAGGACGAUUCUGACCUCAUCUACUGUUCCUAUGGCGAGGAGUCCAGUCUGCAGGGCUCAGACAGCUUGUCAGAGUUCCUGGCCAAAUCAGACGAGUAUGUGUAUAAACUGGCAGACAAUCUUCUGGAUGCAAUGACGAACGGAGAGCAUUCAAAAACCCUGAAGGAGACAGAGCCACAGGUGGAGGAGGCAACAAAUACCCAAGAGGACAAGGAUGACAUGGAGGUAGCUGAGCCCGAAGCAUCCAACUGCAACAGGCUCGACUUCUUGCACUCUGCUGCAGGCCUGCAGAUGGCUGAGGAGCUCUCUGGGGAGGCCCUGCACUUCCAGCAGAAACUGGACGAGACUACAAAGCUCCUGCGCGACUUGCAGGAAGCACAGAAGGAGCGUCUGAGCGCCAAGCAGCCACCUAACAUGAUUUGUUUGCUGGCCCCGACUGCCAAGGAGCUGGAGCUGGCUGAGAAGGUGACUGGGAACCUGGCUGAGCUGACUGGUCAAGUGGCCCCAUGUGACGUCAGCAGCGUCUACGGCAUCAGGAGGGCCAUGGGCAUCGCUGUACCUCCAGAACCACCUGAGCCCUUCAUUGACCUCACUACAGUGCAGGAGAUGGCUGAACCAAUGGAGACCUUGUCCAGUUGUCAGGAUACGGUUCCAGUCGUCGCUGUAUAAUGAAAUUCCAACCAUCCCUACAGUUUAAUAACUUAAGUUUUGUACAAAAGGUCCUUUUUGUGACAUUUGUAUGCAUUUAAAUCAAUAAACCCUUUUUUAUAUAAAA